UGGACACUGCGGGGGACAGGAGGCCUGAGGAUAUGGGUGGCUUAGGUACCAGGGAAGAAGCUGCUCUUUCUUGGGGGCAUGUAGAUACGUGGACCCAAGCCUUUUUGCCCUUUGGGGUGGAAAGGAGGAAGCAGGACCUUGGACAGGGGCUUGUGGAGUUGGGCCCCAUUUCUUCCAUACAGCCAGGCUGCCAGUGGUCUGCACAUUCUGUCCUCUCUGGACACCCAUUUCUUCUCCAAAUUCAUGUAACCAGGGCCAGUAUAUGAUAUAGUCUUUUAAGAAGACUUCAAAACUAUUAAGCUUCUUAUUAAGUAUUUUUUGAAGCUUGUAAUGCAAACAACCAUCAAAUAAGAGAAUAAAAAACACCACCACCUGCCUGACAUCACUGAUUCUAGCUCCAAAUGAGGAGGACCUGUCAGCUCUGCUUUCAGUAAAUACCCCUAAAACCCCAAGCACAAUGAGCGUCCAUUGUGUUAAAUGUACACAAAAGCACAAAUGGUCAGUCUUUGUCCCAAAGAGCUUAUUUGUUGUUAUAAAGAAGUUACAUAGCAUAACUCAGAUAUUAAUAUUUUAAAAAUCCUAGUUUCCUAAUUCCUCACUUAGUGCAAUGAGUACAAGUAAUCAUUGAGUUAAUGGUUGAGAUUUUGUUGGUGAAUUGGUUUUAAGUCACUUGAAACAUGAAGGGUGAGGUUUGUGUUUUUUUAAACAUGGAUGCUAAAUUCCUCAGUUCAUAAUCACUCUAGAGAAGUUACAUCACCCAGGAAAUGUCACUAACCCUUGCUGUGUUAAGAAAAAUGAGCAGUAGGUUUCCAGCCAAACUCAAACACAAAGAUAAUAUUGUAUGGUCAUCAAACAACUUCAGCUUCAAAGUGAAAGGCAAAGAACAAGAGAAGACCACAGAUGUGAAAGCAAUUAAAACUGCAAUACCACCGCCUUCCCCUCAAAGAAGCACUAGAAAUCAUGCCUUGCUGGAGGCUGCAGGACCAAGCCAUGUGGCAAUUAAUGCCAUCUCCGCCAACAUGGACUCUUUUUCUCGCAGUCGAACAGCUGCUCUUAAGAAACAGCCAAGUCACAUGGAGGCUGCACAUUUUGGAGAUCUAGGCCGAUCAUGUCUGAAUUUUCAGGCUCAAGAGACCAAAUCAAGCCUUUCAAAGACUCUUGAACAAGUCCUGCAGGACAGUGUUGCCCUCCCUUAUUUUAUCCAGUUUAUGGAACUGCGUAGAAUGGAACAUUUGGUUAAAUUCUGGUUAGAGGCUGAAAGCUUUCACUCCACAACAUGGUCCCGCAUAAGAGCACACAGCCUGAACACAGUUAAACAGAGUUCAUUGGCAGAGCCAGUGUCUCCCUCAAUAAAACAGCAUGAAACCACAGUAUCUUCUCCAACUGGAUUGCUUGACGAGAGGUUGGAGGAUUCCAGCACAGUCCAUCUGCUCAUGACCAAGACAGUACCAACAGACCUGAAUGACAGAACUGGCAACAUUCAGAACUACUUGCUGUCAAGCCACGAUAGCAAUAAUGCCAGGGUACUUCGUCUUGGGAAGUCUGAGGCAGGGACCCAUUCUGUUCCAGCUGAACAGCAAGAAUCUUCCAGGCUAACAGUAUCAAACAGAAACAGCCCCUCUUCUGCACUAAAGGACUUGUCAGGAAAACUAAUGAAAAGUAUAGAGCGGGAUGCAGUUAAUACUUUUACCAAAUAUAUUUCUCCAGAUGCUGCUAAACCAAUACCUAUUACAGAGACAAUGAGGAAUGAUAUAGUGGCAAAGAUUUGUGGGGAGGAUGGACAGGUGGACCCUAACUGCUUCGUUACUGCACAGUCAAUAGUGUUUAAUGCAAUGGAACAAGAGCACUUUAGUGAAUUUUUGCGAAGUCACCAUUUCUGUAAAUACCAGAUUGAGGUGCUGACCAGUGGGACUGUUUACCUGGCUGAUAUACUCUUCUGUGAAUCAGCACUGUUCUAUUUUUCUGAGUACAUGGAAAAGGAAGAUGCAGUUAAUAUACUACAGUUCUGGUUGGCAGCAGAUAACUUCCAGUCUCAGCUUGCUGCCAAAAAGGGCCAAUAUGAUGGGCAGGAGGCACAGAAUGAUGCCAUGAUUUUAUAUGAUAGAUACUUCUCCCUCCAAGCCACACAUCCUCUUGGAUUUGAUGACUUUGUGCGAUUAGAAAUUGAAUCCAAUAUCUGCAGGGAGGGAGGUCCACUCCCUAACUGUUUUACUACUCCAUUACGGCAGGCCUGGACCACCAUGGAGAAGGUUUUUUUACCUGGCUUUUUGUCCAGCAACCUUUACUACAAAUACUUGAAUGAUCUCAUCCAUUCAGUACGAGGAGAUGAAUUUGCAGGGGGGAAUAUUGCACUGACUCUUCAAGGCCCCAGUAGCUCUCCUGACAAUGAGCCUCAUACAACUGGUUCUGAUGGCUCUGCCUCCCAGUCCAGUGUCAAAAAGGCUAAUGUUAAAAUCCUGAAAAAUUUUGAUGAAGCAAUAAUUGUAGAUGCUGCAAGUCUGGAUCCAGAAUCUCUAUAUCAACGAACUUAUGCAGGGAAGAUGACAUUUGGAAGAGUCAGUGACCUGGGACAGUUUAUCAGAGAAUCUGAACCAGAACCUGAUGUAAAGAAAUCAAAAGGGUCCAUGUUUUCACAAGCGAUGAAGAAAUGGGUGCAAGGAAACACGGAUGAGGCCCAAGAAGAGAUGGCUUGGAGGAUAGCAAAGAUGAUUGUCAAUGAUGUUAUGCAGCAGGCACAAAAUGGGCAGCCUUUGGAAAAAGUUACAAAGCUAUGAUUUCAGAAACGUCAGAGCAAGGAAAUCUGGUUUUCUGCUUUUGAAGAUAAGUGAACUUUUUCUCUUUUGGUGGAGUCUUCUCUAACACAGCCAAUGAAAAAAAAGCACUGUUACUCCAGACAGCUGAUAUUCCCUCAUCCAUAAGGGAGGAGGAAAAGGAGCAAUGUUGGAUCUCCUCCACAAAGUACAAAGCAAUGUUUUUUUUCUACUGCACGUGGCAUUCACAAUAAUGAAGGUUUUAAAGAGAUGAAGAAGCAAUUCAUGAACAUGUCACUGGGAAACUGUGGUCAGCUUCACAAAUGCUUUACCCCAUCUCUGUAGGACUGUUCGUCACAAUGUCUGCAAUGGGACAUGGGCCACACCAGGGAGGGGAAAGGUUUUGUUGUGGUUUCUAGUUCUUGUACUUGUCAUUUUUAAACACACAACUGUAAAGGCCACAGGGCAGCUUCCUGACCUUACCCAUUGGCAAGAUCAGCCUGAGAUGAGGAAUACAUUGGCAGCGAGUGAUCGAAAGAGCUAUAACCGGUAUAUUUUUCCUUACUUGAACUAGAUGAGUAUUCAACUGUAAGAUAGAUAAAUACAUUUUACUUCCUGCAUAACUGCAUUAAUUUUGAAAGAAGCAUAAAGUGGCCAGGAGUGAAGACCGGACAAUGUAACUUUCUGCCCUUAGUCAAGCUGUUACACUUGCAUAUACGCUUCCAUUCCUUGCUUCUAUGCAGAAGAUUUACAAACCAGUCUCUGGCCUGUGCAGCCCUCAAUCUCUGAUUCAUGGCUCUGAGUCCAGCCCACUGUGCAGAGCAGACUGUACCCAGUGGGCUUUGCUCCAUUUUCUUAAUUCUCCAUGCAGGUAUAAAAGAACUGCCCUUAUGAGUUACUACCAUUCUCCAUAAUGUGCUAUCGUCAAACUGAGAUCUAUUCUCAGAUCUUUGUUUUUAAGGAAAAAGAUCAUUCCGUUUUAGUGCUUUUUGCCUUUAUUUCCUUUUGUUAUUUUCAGCAUUUGCAACUUAUAUAGCCUUUGGUCUAAACAAAAAGUGAGAGCUUCUAACCACACUUUCGUCUCCAGACUAGUAAGAUGAUUCUGCAGAGCAUCUGAAGCACUCACGCUGUCAUUCCAAUCGAUUAUUGCUGUAUUUUUAUUGUGAAACAUUUCUGGUUUGGGUUUAUUUUAUUUAUGAUUGCUUUGUUUUCUCAAGAUUGUGCAAAAAAAAUCACUUUAUAUAAAUUCUCAAUCAUCUCCAAUGUUCAGAAAGUCUUGAUCAACUAGCAAAUAUUAUUCUGUUGCAAUAUUUGACUGUAGAGAGGCACACUGUGUAUUGUCUAAGAAGCAAAAAGGCUGUGUAUAAGGUUUUUGGUACUAUGUACCACCUCUUAUUUCUCUCAUGCCCAAGUAUUCAUGUACUUAAAACAUAUUAUAUUUAAUUGUGUUUUGAUUUAAAAUAUAUAAAUAUUAAAAAUUGUGUCAAUUUUC